AUGCAAUCCCAGGAGCCCGCACCAGUCUAUACGCAAUAUCCAACAGAAUUGCCCCCCACCUUUCCAAUCGGAGUUCACCGCACGGCUCCAUUGGUCAACGUGACAGAACUUCAAGCUCAUCUCCGUCUUCUUGGUGCAAUCUCCAAACUCAAGUCUGACGUUCAGACUCGGGGCGUCUCUGCAAGAAGCAAGGACACUGCCUGGGUCGUCUUUGUCAACCGUGCCGUAUUUCGAUUCUUUGAAUGGGUAAACGCACUAUGGAUACCGUCUGAGCCCGGGUUGGACGAGACGCGAGUACCGCCGCUCGAUGUACUGAUGGUCUGGCAUACAUAUCUACUCAAUCCGAGGACGUAUUUCGAGGACAGCCAGCGUAUGGAAUCAGUCUAUGCGAAUAACCUGCGCAAGCUUGCUGAAAUGCCGCUGACAUUAAUUGCAUCCCUCAUCGAUGGUCAAACUCUGGACCCUCUGCCUCCUUCGACGGAGAGACAGCAGUUCUUCGAGCGAAUGACCAAACUCUCGUGGUAUAUGCCACUUUCUACAGAAUCCACAGAAACUCUUUGCGUCUAUUGCCCAUUCUGCAAGAAUGCCAAUCCGAAUGUGAGAUGGGUGACGGACCACGACACUGGUUAUGCGCAAACAAAGUUUACGCAUCUGUGUCAGUCGUGUUACAAAGACUUUAACAAAGUCGCACUCGGCAUGCGUCGCUUUGUAGACGAAGUGUCACUUCGAAGAUCCGGCUCGGUAGUCUUCUUUUCUGAGACACUGCUGGACCCUCCUACCGGAAAGGUCGAUGAAGCAGCGGCCCGAAAAUUCAUCGCAAAGGCGUUCAAGGCACUGGAUGGCCAGUACAAAGCCCUGAGCGUUCUACAGGGCCCAAAUGCAGAAGAGGAGGCAGCCAAACUCGGUCGGGUGUUGAAUUGGGAUUUUGAGAUACUCUGCGACCGGUUGCAUGAGGGUCUCAGGCCAAAUUCACUACCUGAUCGAAGUAAGCGAAAUCCUCGUCUCCAGCGGCUCGCGGUUGCAUAUAGUAACCCUGGGUUGGCGUCUCUUGAUCUUGUGGGCGCAGUCUUACGACAGGGAUCCUUUAUUUCGAAGAUGGACGAACUUGGAUGGACUCGGCCUGGCCGGUUUGAUUUGGUAUCUGAAUCCGCGCCGUUGGUGCGCUCCAUUGCACGCUACCAUGCGUUUCUGGACCUUAUGAUAGCCCACAACUCUACCUUUUGCGUGCCUACUUUGGACAUUGACCUGGCAUGGCACACCCAUCAACUGAAAAGUGUCCACUAUCGAGCAUCCACGACCCAACUUGUUGGAAGAUUCCCUAACCACGACGACAAUAUCGGACCAAACAUUCUCUCGACUGCAUAUGACCUCACUGCCAAGGCUUGGAAGAGGAGAUUCGGGGUUCCGUACAGUAUCUGUGGGUGCGUACCGGACGGUGAACCAGAGUCACGCAUAAGCAAAUUCGCGUUCAAGAUUUCGAGUGGAUUCAAGAAACGAGACGACAGCCAUGGAUCACCGGCGAACAACACACGACCGGACCUUGUGAGCACGGAAGAAGACGAGGCGGACUCGUCUCAUCCAUCUGAACACACGAUUAAGUUUGUCAACCCGAGUGAUGCCACCAUGGCCAAAGUUCGAGCGGACAGACAGCAUAGAGUGGACAAGUGUGUUGCGAGUGCCCGCAAUGGCGCGGCGCGUGAUCCGUGGAGGGGACUUCAAGCGGAGAGGAGCAAGAGAGAGGGACACAAGGAAGCGUUUACAGAUUCACACUCGUAUGCGGCGUAUUACCCUUACUGGGGGGUGUCUGCUGCGAUUCCACUUGGGUACGCAUCUUUUCUUGGGCUCGUAUACGUCACUGGAUGA